AUGAACUUUUGUUCGUCCCAAGGCAUCCAGUGGAAGUUUAGCCCACCCACCGGUCCUCAUCAUGGUUCUGUUUGGGAGAACGGGGUAAAGUCUUGUAAACGGCACUUGAAGCGAAUAGUUGGGGAAACCAAACUAAACUUCGAAGAAAUGACAACCACCCUCUGCCAAAUCGAAGCCUGUCUCAACUCUCGUCCACUGAUACCUUCUCUUGAUACAAAUGAUGAUGAUGGAAUAUCUCCACUUACCCCUGGACAUUUUCUAAUUGGACGUCCUUUAGAAGCUCUACCUGGCCGCAUUUACAAAGAGCCCAUUCUUGGUUUAAAAAGAUGGAAACUCUGUCAAGCAUUGACGCAACAUUUCUGGAAACGAUGGUCUGCUGAAUAUCUCAAUGGCUUACAACGAUUUAACAAGUGGAAAGUUCCAAAACGAAAUCUUCAACUAGAUGAUAUUGUCCUCGUUAAAGACAAUCGUACACCAACUUGUCAAUGGCCUCUUGCUCGAGUCACAAAGGUUCAUCCUGGUCCAGAUAAACUUGUUCGAGUCGUUACUGUACAAACGAAGACUGGCACCUUCAUCCGACCGAUUGUGAAGUUAUGUUUACUUCUACCAGCGAAGGAAGUGCCGAAGAAAGAUGAUGAAAUGAAGUGA